CGUCUAUUUUUGUGAAUAAAGAAAAGAACUUACACUACCUCUAAUAGACUUGCUCUGUUCUGUCUUGUGAGAACCACCAGAGCUCUGUAGUUUCCAGAAUUUGUUCCGGCGGAGGAUUCAACAGACCUGGAAUUAAAGAGAUGGCAGAUCGUUUCUUUCCAAACACCAUGCCUAGUUUUGUUGAUGAAACUACAAUUGAAGAAUCAUUUCUUGAAGGGGCAAAAGAUCCACUGUUGGAGCUUCUGUAUUUGCCUUAUGGUACUGUUUGCGAGAAGCUCAAAAGGGUUGCUUUUGAUCUCAAAGAAACGAUUGUGAAGGAAACAUGGGUAUGUAAAAGGGGACGAGUGAGUGACUAUACAGUUUACACUGGAGCUUUGGGAACUGCUUUUUUGUUAUUCAAAGCUUACCAAGUUACUCUUGACAAGAAUGAUCUUGUUCUCUGUUCUGAUAUUAUCAAGGCUUGCGACUCUGCUUCCCGCGGUUCUGGGAGUGUGACUUUCAUAUGUGGACAAGCUGGUGUUUAUUCUCUUGGUGCAGUUGUGGCCAAACACAGCGGGGAUGAACAAUUGUGUGAUCACUAUCUGACAAAAUUCAAAGAGAUUGAGCUUCCUAAAGAUCUUCCGAAUGAAAUGUUGUAUGGGAGGGCUGGUUUCUUGUGGGCUUGUUCAUUCUUAAACAAAAAUAUUGGUAGAGAAACAAUAUCUCCGACCCAAAUUCGGGCAGUUGUUGCUGAGGUUAUAAAGUCCGGACGAAAAAUGGGGAAAGGAAGAUGUCCACUGAUGUAUGAAUGGCAUGGCAAAAGAUAUUGGGGUGCUGCUCAUGGACUAGCUGGGAUAAUGCAUGUACUUAUGGAGAUGGAACUGAAAGCAGACGAGGUCGAGGAUGUGAAGGCUACACUGCAUUACAUGAUCCGAAAUCGUUUUCCUAGUGGAAAUUACCCCUCAAGUGAAGGAAGUGAAUCUGACAGACUUGUGCAUUGGUGUCAUGGUGCUCCAGGUGUUGCCCUUACUCUAAUCAAAGCAGCUAAGGUUUUCAGCAAUGACGAAUUUCUGCAGGCAGCUGUAGAAGCAGCUGAGGUGAUUUGGAAUCGAGGCUUACUCAAACGAGUUGGAAUUUGUCACGGUGUUAGUGGAAAUUCCUAUGUCUUUCUUUCACUAUAUCGUUUGACAGGUAAAGUUGAGUACUUGUACAAGGCAAAGGCCUUCGCGUGCUUUCUGCACACUAGAGCUCAAACACUCAUAUCAGAGGGAGUUAUGCAUGGAGGUGAUCGUCCAUACUCGUUGUUUGAAGGAAUCGGAGGAAUGUCUUAUCUCUUUUUCGACAUGAUAGAUCCAAUGGAAACAAGGUUCCCUGCUUAUGAACUCUAGUUUUUGUACAUACAGAAUAUGUUGUAGAUUGUAGAAUCAGCUAUGUAAAUCUUUUUAUGUAUUACCAUAUGAUGUAUUGUCAAGAUAAAAAUAUGGUUUGCUUACAUUUUACCCUCGUCAAAUUUCACUUAUAGGACUAUAUUGUACCAAACCUGUAAUGCAGAAAAAUAAAUUAAAAAAAUUGGACCUCCAAAUGUGGGUUCAUG